AUGCCUAUGGACUAUAGUGGCACCUGGAACAUGGUCAGCAAUGACAACUUCGACGGGUACAUGGUUGCCAUUGGUAUUGACUUCGCAACACGGAAGAUCGCGGGUAUGCUGAAGACUCAGAAGGUCAUUGAGCAGGAUGGCGAUUCUUUUACAAUGAAAACUCUAAGCACAUUCAGAAACUACUGCUCCUCCUUCAAAAUCGGGGAGGAGUUUGAAGAAGUGACCAAAGGGCUGGAUAACCGGAAGUGUCAUUCAAUGGUGACCUGGGAAGGUGACAAAAUGGUGUGUGUGCAGAAGGGAGAGAAGAGGAAUCGUGGCUGGACCCACUGGAUCGAGGGAGAUCAGCUCUACCUGGAGCUCCGCUGUGGAGACCAAGUCUGUCGACAAGUCUACAAAAAGAGUGCUUGA